AUGAGCCUCCUCUCUCCGCACUAUCAGUUCCAAGAUGUGACCAGGAGCGAUAUUAUUAUCGCUUCGAUUGCGUUUGGGUUUACAUUAGGCUUCGGCUUGUUGACAUCCUGGAAUGCGGCGCAGCAAACGUGGAUCGCAUACAAGAACACCGGCUUGAAAGUCUUCCGAAACGUGUAUAUCUGGAUGGUAUGGGGGGAGAUAGCCGUGUGUCUCGCUUUCGCUAUCAUCUGCUUCCUGCAUCUGAUGCGGACAAUACCGCCAUCAUUUGAAUUUUACUUUCUUAUACUCACGCUCUGGGCGCUUCAAGUCCAUUUUCUGCUUCAGAUUAUUAUAAACCGCUGUCGGAUCGUGGCUCACGACAAGAUAUUGGUGGGAAGGCUCAAGAUUGGCGUUGCAGUGCUGAUCACGGCUGUUAAUAUAUCUGUUUACAACAUCUGGAUCCCGGCGCGUCUCCAGAUUUCGGAAAGAUAUUUGGAGAUCAACGAUGUUUGGGAUCGAUGUGAGAAAGUAAUCUACAUGUGUGUAGAUGCCUGUCUCAACAUAUACUUUAUCCGCGUGGUACAGCUUAAUCUAGUGAGAAACGGCCUGACCAAAUACCGGAAUUUGGUCCAUUUCAACAUGUUUAUCAUCGGCUUCUCCCUAAGUAUGGAUCUUUUGAUCAUAACGAUGAUGAGUCUGCCGAACACUUUUGUUUACAUGCAGUUUCACCCUCUAGCAUAUACCGUCAAGCUUAACAUCGAGUUAUCCAUGGCUGACCUUAUCGGACGUAUCGCGAGAAGCAGGGAUAACAAUGUUGUGAACGACAUCGGUCUCAGUCGCAACGGCAGCCACAAACUCUCCCGCUUGCGGAGCAGGACUACAUCUGCUUCCGAUUCAAUACCAAAGACCAGAUGUCGCAGCUUCGGAUUCGGGUGUUGGAACCGCAGAGGGUCCAGGUCACCCAGCAAUGCGAUAGAUAGGGUCACGAGGCCUGACACAGUUUAUACGGUGAAUGCGACAGCUAAUAACGGCACCGAAUCAGCUUUUCACAGCUCGAGUGAUAUAUAUACCACGCGGGAGUUCCGCGUCGACUACGAGGACAUGGCACCCGGCUUGCGUUGGGACCCUAAUACCGCGAGCACAUUGAAAAACGAAAAUGAUGACGCGAGUCUCUUAGCAAAAGAUUAGGAAGAUUAUGUC